GUAAUCCUGAAAACUUUGACUCAAGCAGUCAUUCCAUGAAUAUCAUCAUUCCAUAACGUACGAAACAGAACAGAGCCAACAUUUUUUCAAUUUAUUUUUGGUCAUUCAAGGAAUUCUCACCGAAUUUCAUCACUUAUAAAGCGGCAAUUCGCAGGGUAUUAGCGGAAUUCAUUAAACUUGCAAUUUGAUUGGUUUUAUUGAAGUGUAAUGUGAAAGUUGCCUGCAAUGCUUGUCAACAAUGGGCAAACCGAAUAGUAAACUCCAAAGGGAUCAAGUGAAAACACUUGCCAAACAAACUUAUUUUACCGAGAAGGAAAUCAAGCAAUGGCACAAAGGAUUUGUUCGUGACUGUCCCAAUGGCAUGCUUACUGAAGCUGGUUUCCAGAAAAUAUAUAAGCAAUUUUUCCCACAGGGUGACCCAUCUGAUUUUGCAUCAUUCGUUUUCAAGGUUUUCGAUGAAAACAAGGACGGAGCAAUUGAAUUUCACGAGUUUAUCAAAGCUCUAUCAAUCACAUCUAGGGGUAAUUUGGACGAAAAAUUACACUGGGCUUUCAGAUUGUACGAUUUAGACAAUGAUGGCUUUAUAACACGCGAUGAAAUGUUAUCAAUCGUUGGAAGCAUUUAUAAAAUGGUCGGUUCAACGGUAAAAUUAUCGAAAGAAGAAAGCACUCCGGAAAAAAGAGUAGAUCGAAUUUUUAAAAUGAUGGACAAAAACAACGAUGCUCAGCUAACACUGGAAGAAUUCAAAGAAGGCGCAAAAGCAGAUCCAUCUAUUGUUCAUGCCUUGUCGCUUUAUGAAGGAAUAUCCAACUAAUGUUGAACUUUCAAUUUUUUCUUUUUUUUUUUGCGGAUUGAGCAGUUUGAAAUCCAAUUAUCUGAUUUUUAUUCUUUUUGAAGUUCAUAUUUCCUUGUCUUUGCAAUACUUACAUCAAUCAAAAAUGGAAGUGUUAUUGGCUAAAACAGAAUUUAGCCAACAACAGAAAUUAUUCUUUUCCAGUUGGCCAAAAGUGAUCAUUUUAU